AUGCAGACGAAACACUUCUUCUCCGACCCCACCAAGCUAGUAAACUCCGCCCUCGCAUCCCUCACCAUCACAAACCCCUCGCUUGCCUUCGACAGCGACAACAAAAUCAUAUACCGUCGCCCUACCCCCGAUGUCUCUAAAAACCCCAAAGUCUCCAUCGUCUCCGGAGGCGGGUCGGGUCAUGAACCCGCCUUUGCCGGAUUCGUUGGUAAAGGGCUCUUAACCGCGUCAGUCGCAGGAACUAUAUUCGCUUCCCCUUCUGCUGAACAGAUUAGGAGAGCUAUCAUGGAACGCAUUGGGACCUCCAAGGGCGUUCUGGUUAUUCCCAUGAAUUACACUGGUGAUGUCAUGAAUUUUGGGAUGGCUGCGGAAAAAGCGAAUGCUGCGGGGAUCAAGACGGAGUUCUUUACGAUUGCUGAUGAUGUUGGCGUUGGGAGGGCAAAGGGAGGGAAGGUUGGUAGGAGAGGGAUUGGCGGUGGCAUUCUGGUGUUAAAGAUUGUAGGGGCGCUUGCGGAGACAGGUGCGUCUUUAGAGGAUGUAUACCGAAUCGCGCAGCUGACAACUAGCAAUAUUGUCUCGGUUGGCUCCUCUCUUGAGCGGGUUCAUGUUCCUGGGAGAAGGAUUCCAGACCCGAAUUCCGAUGAAAGGAUCCCUCACGAUGAAGUUGAAGUAGGGAUGGGAAUCCACAAUGAACCAGGAUCCUAUAGGGUCAAAGCCACUGGGGAAGAGCUUAUCAAGAUCAUGCUCCUACAGUUACUCGAUCAAAACGAUAAGGAUCGAGCAUUCUUACAAUACUCCGCUAAAGAAGACAAAUUCGUCCUGCUCAUCAACAAUCUCGGAGGCGUCAGCACACUCGAAGUAUCUGCAGUGACAGCUGAGGUAACCGCCCAACUAGAACGGGAUUACCAGAUUAAACCAGUUCGCACAAUUCAGGGAACGUUCUUGACCAGUCUAGAUGGGACGGGAUUCAGUAUCUCCUUGCUCAGACUGGCAGACACGGGCCUUGGACCCGGGAAAUCACUCCUUGAUCUCCUAGAUGCCCCAUCAGAGGCAGUUGGAUGGGCAGCCCCCGUGCGAACCUCAACCUGGGAGAAUCAGACAGAUGCUACAUACGAUACCAAGAAGUCCAUUGUAGACGAAGUGCACCCAUCCAACCUUAAGCUCGACCCCGCCCUCCUCAAAAAGGCCCUAAUAUCCGGCCUCAACCGUGUAAUCGAAGCUGAACCCCUCGUGACAAAAUACGACACAAUCGUCGGAGACGGCGACUGCGGCAUCGGCCUGAAGCGCGGCGCACAAGCCGUCCUAGCCUUCCUAAACGAUCCCAACACGACUCAGACCCUGACAGACGACCUAGUCACCUCGAUUAACAAAAUCAUCCCCAUCGUCGAAAAUAACAUGGACGGCACCAGCGGCGCCAUCUACGCCAUCUUCCUCAACGCGCUCGCGCACAAUUUGCGUCAAGAAGGGUCUAAGGAACCGUUUCCCAUACCAAUCACGGCAAAGGAAUGGUCCGCUGCGCUGCAACACUCUCUGCACGCGUUGGGAAAGUACACUCCUGCGCAGGUGGGAGAUAGGACGCUGAUCGAUGCCCUUGCGCCGUUUAUCAGUACGCUGGUUGAGUCUGGGGAUCUGGGUAAGGCCUUCAAGGCGGCGGAGGAUGGUGCGGAGUCCACGAAGUAUAUGAAGGCUAGUUUGGGGAGGUCGGUGUAUGUUGGGGGCGAGGGGGAGUGGAUUGGAAAAGUGCCGGAUCCUGGGGCUUUUGGGUUGGCGAGGUUCUUGAAUGGGGUUGCGGAGGGGUUGUAA